CUAAGGAUGGGGCAUUAUCUGGCAACCAGGGGACACAAUCUGUGUCAAUUGCGACUAAAGGCCGUAGUAGCCUAAAUCUGACUGGGGCUUUAUUUUAACACGCGACCCAGACGUAGCUUAACGUAACGGGUUGAUCAUUCGUUUUUCUGUUAGCUUGUUGCUCGUUUCUUGCCGGUUAUGCUAGCAUUAGAUGUAGCGCUAAUGACAGGUGUAUCAAGGUAAAAAUAAAUAAAGAGAGAAGAAACGGGACGGCGCCUUUCUCAUUGGUCGUAAAAUAAGAUGCUUUAGAGACGCUUCUGUCUUUGUUAGGAAUUAGCUUUUUCCUCGCAGACACUCGGGUGGCUUCGAGGGGGAGCGAACCGGACCGUAAACAUGAAGAUAAUUCUGAGAACCGUCAUUAUUUAUAGACAGUAAUUAACCCACGGGGCAAGUUUAUUGGGGAUUUCUCUUUUGUCGUUUUCGUUGGGGUUUGUCAUGUGUUUUAGUUUGUAGUAGACAGCACAGAGACCGCGACAUCAGGAGGCGAUAGAGAUUAUCAGCGGAGGAGAGCUGGGUGCAGAUAAAGAUGGUGUUCCGGAGUGAGGAGAUGUGCUUGGUGCAGCUGUUCCUGCAGUCCGGCUCGGAGUAUGACUGCAUCAGUGAGCUCGGGGAGCUGGGGCUGGUCGAGUUCCGAGAUCUCAACCCCAGUGUCAGCUCAUUCCAGCGGCGCUUCGCCAGCGAAAUCAAGAGAUGCGACGAGAUGGAGAGGAUUCUGGGCUACCUUCUCAGAGAGAUCCAAAAGGCUAAAAUAGCCAUUCCAGGAGAGGAUGAUGGUCCACUCGCUCCUCCACCCAGACAAGUGCUGGAGAUCAUGGAGCAGCUUCAGAGGCUGGAGAUGGAGCUCGGUGAAGUGGCCAAGAACAAGGAGAAGCUCCAGCGGAACCUCCGGGAGCUGACCGAAUACACUCACAUGCUGAAGAUCACACGCACCUUCAUACACAGCCGCUCCAGACAUGAGGCUCUUGGUCCUCAGUAUGAAGAGUUCCCCACCGUGGAGACUGGCUCGGUGACGGGAUGCACCGGGAUGCAGAGACUCGGAGCGAAGCUGGGCUUUAUUUCUGGGCUCAUCCAGCGGGUGAAGGUGGAGGCCUUUGAGCGGAUGCUGUGGCGAGUGUGUAAAGGUUACACCAUCCUCAGCUACACAGAAGUGGACGAAAGCCUGGCCGACCUCGACACCGGGGAAAUAGGCAAAAGUGUUGUGUUUCUCAUCUCUUUCUGGGGAGAUCAGAUCAGACAGAAAGUUCAGAAAAUCUGCGACUGUUACCACUGCCACUUGUAUCCGCACCCUGAGAAUGACGAUGAGCGAGCAGAUGUGUUGGACAGUUUAAGAAUACGGAUCCAAGACCUCAACAAUGUGCUUCAUCGCACCGAGGACUACCUGAGGCAAGUCCUGCAGAAAGCUGCUGAGUCAGCAUACUCCUGGGUUGUGCAGGUGAAGAAGAUGAAGGCUAUCUAUCACAUCCUCAAUCUGUGCAGCUUCGAUGUGACCAACAAGUGUCUGAUCGCAGAGGUGUGGUGUCCCGUCAGUGACUUAACAAACCUAAGAGGGGCGCUGGAGGAAGGUUCGAGAAAAGGAGACGCUACUGUUCCUUCCUUUGUGAACCGUAUCCCCAGCAGCGAUACACCACCAACACUUUUAAGAACUAACAAGUUCACAAGUGGGUUUCAGAGCAUCGUGGAGGCUUACGGGGUGGGGGACUAUCGCGAGGUGAGCCCAGCUCCCUACACCAUCAUCACUUUCCCCUUCCUGUUUGCUGUCAUGUUUGGAGACCUCGGCCACGGGACGGUAAUGAGCCUCUUUGCCCUGUGGAUGGUGCUGAUGGAGAAGAAGCAGAAGAAGAAGCGCUCCGGUAACGAGAUUUGGGCGACGUUUUUUAGCGGGCGUUACAUCAUACUGAUGAUGGGGCUGUUUUCUAUCUACACUGGACUCAUUUAUAAUGACUGUUUCUCCAAGUCUUUAAACAUAUUUGGCUCUGGAUGGAGUAUUAAGCCAAUGUUUGCAAAUCAGCACUGGACGAACAAAACAGUCCAAAGCAACUCUUUACUUACGUUGGACCCUAACGUGAGCGGAGUCUUCAGCGGUCCGUACCCGUUUGGCAUCGAUCCUAUUUGGAACAUGGCUGUGAAUCGACUGUCCUUCCUCAACUCAUACAAGAUGAAGAUGUCCGUUAUCAUCGGUGUGAUCCACAUGAGCUUUGGAGUGGUGCUAAGUGUCUUCAACCAUUUGCACUUCCAGCAAAAGUUCAGUGUCUACCUGGUAUUUCUUCCUGAGCUGCUAUUCCUGCUCUGUCUCUUUGGCUACCUGGUCUUUAUGAUUGUCUACAAGUGGCUUGUGUUCAGUGCACGUGAGUCCAGCCAGGCUCCCAGCAUCCUCAUCCACUUCAUCAACAUGUUUGUCAUGCAAGGAAAUGAUAUAACGCCUCUGUACCCUGGACAGACUGGGCUGCAGAUAUUCCUGCUUGUUGUCGCCAUGGUGUCCGUCCCCAUGCUGCUGCUGGGAAAACCGCUGUACCUGCAUUGGCUGUAUCGUGGAGGCAAAGCCCUGCGUCGACGCAGAGGUUAUGAGAGGGUGAGGCGUGUAAGUGAGGAUGAUGGCUCCAUCACAUCCACCUGUGACGACGAUGAAGAGGAGGGAGUUGAUGGACUGACCAUCAGAGAAGCUCCUCCCAAACAGUUUGACUUUGCUGAUGUGCUCCUGCACCAGGCCAUCCACACCAUUGAGUUCUGUCUGGGCUGCAUUUCCAACACUGCAUCCUACCUUCGUCUCUGGGCUCUCAGCUUGGCUCACGCUCAGUUGUCCGAGGUGCUGUGGGCCAUGGUGAUGCGUCUGGGUCUCAGGAUCACCACAAAGGUUGGGGUGGUGUUUUUGGUUCCUGUGUUCGGUCUGUUUGCCACACUCACCGUAUCAAUCCUUCUGGUUAUGGAAGGCCUGUCAGCAUUCCUCCAUGCUCUCCGACUUCACUGGGUGGAAUUCCAGAACAAAUUCUACCACGGAACUGGUGUGAAAUUUCUGCCCUUCGAUUUCUCCCACCUGCCUUCUGUUUUUGAGCAGGACGGUUUGCUUUGAACCCUCAAAGGUGGUGGAUGCUGGGAGACAGACAUUACAAACAGGAAAGAGUGGGAACGAUUCACUCUGUGACAACAACAACAACAAACCCUCAAGACUCUGAACUGAAACUCAUUCUUGUAGCAGUGUUAUUUCACCUUGGUGGUUUUUAAUGUUCUCGGACGAGCUGACUGCCUUACUGCUGUACCCAGCAAAUCCCUGAAGGUUCAGAGAUUCAAUGAUGUUUCUUCUGUUUUAUUUUCUUUUAUUUUUAAUGAGAUUUAGUUCAGCUCUUCAUGUCACAACAGUUGGGUGAAUGCAUUUUUCUUUUUCAUUUACAUUGUGCUGCAUUAACAGGUUUUGUAAGCUUUACAACAUGGUAUUUAAACAGUUUUACAGUGCAGUGUGAAUCAUGUUAAAAGCAUAAAAAGCAUCCUGAUGUAGUGCCAUGCAGAUUUAUUUAUGAUAAUAUUAUAGGGAUGCCUUUGUUUGUUUUUAACUCCUAUGUGAUGAAAGAAAAGCUGCAAACAUCAAAGUUUCAAGACAAAAUAUAUCUAAACCCUUUUUGAGGCAUUUUUUCAUGACGCACUUUGCAGAAAUGAUUGUACUAUAUAGUUUUCUCAAAUUACUGUGAUGAUGCCAAAUUAUUAUCAUAUACACUGUUUGCUUAAUUUAUUAUUUUACACAUUCCCUGAAAGUUAUUGACAUAAAAAAUUUACAUUUUCUAGAAAAGAGAAAAAAAAAUUCUUGGACUAUACAGCUUAUUGCAUUUGUUUUUCAUUAUUCAUGGUAUUUAUCUAAAUCAAUGUCUGUAAAGUAAUAUUUUACAGUUCUGUGUCAAAUAAAUGUUUGAGAAAGUCAAGCAAAAGUAA